AUGCGUCGAGUGAAAUCACUCUCUGAACUUGGCAGCGUGAAGAUGGACGAAGCAAUUUUCUCGACACCUGCGUCUCGAAAGAACGAAGAUCUUAUCUUGCUUGAAGAUGGCAGAGACGUCUCUAGUCUAAACAAAUCUGCACUGCAAUCAGAGCUUCACCGACUAGGAAUGAAGACAUCGGGGAACAAGCCUGCACUCACCGAUCGUCUCAAACAGGCGAUUCUAAAGUCCCGCCAAAAAACAACAAUAGCGGCCGACCUUCCCUCUUCUUCUUCCUCCUCCUCAACUACUCAAGUCAAGCCUGUCGACUACAUCGACCUCGAAGAUAACUCUACCUGCUCUUGCCAACUCAUCGUUGCUAAUCUUAAAUCUCAAUUUGACGAAAUCAAAGAAAACAACAAACUCCGAGCUCAUCUUUCUUCCAUCCAGAGCGAAAUAUCUUAUGCCAAAGAAGAAAACAAAAUCUUAACUCAAGAACGAGAUUCCUUAAUUUUUGCCUUGCAAAUCGUGUCCAGAGAAGCAAGUCAAGCCAACCAAUGCCAUUCGACUAACAACACCUGUAGUGAACCAACCAUUGUUUCAAACCAGGACAAGCCAACGCCUCAGGAACAAUGGUCCACUGCAAACACGAAUAAGAAAUCAAAGAAAAAGAAGAAUAAAAGAAGUUCUAUCGAAGUCGAAAACUCAAAAAGCGAGCCUGAGCCUCCACUAGUGAAGGUCCUAGAUACCUCUAGCGAGACUGGUGUCAAUAAGCAAAAGUCCAUUCCUGUAGUCUGCGCCAUCGUUGGCGACUCAAUCGUCAAACGAAUUCAAGGCACAGAAGUUGGUAAAAAGGUUGGCCACAGAGUUAUAGUGAAAGGGAUUCCCGGAGCCACCAUUAGCGACAUGGAACAUUACGUUAAACCAACACUCGAACGUAAUCCCACUAGAAUUAUAAUUCAUGUUGGGACAAACGACCUCAGAAGUUUGUCCCCCGUCCAAGCCGAUGGGAUUGUUGACUUGGCCCGGGAGAUUGAGUCUACGUCAACCGGCACUAAAGUUGUUAUUUCCGAGCUGGUGACGCGUCGAGACUCGUUUAGAGAUGGAGUACAAGAAGUGAACAAACGUCUGAAACGCUUUUGCUCACAAAAUAGAUGGGACAGAAUUAGCCACACGAACAUUACUACGGGCAUGCUGAAUCAAGGAGGUCUACACCUGAACGCAAGUGGGAACGAUGCCUUAUUUAACAAUUUCGUAGAUUACUUAAGCAAUGCCUGAUCUGAUGCUUCCAUGAAUGCCGUUGUCAAAAAUACAGGUAACAAAUAUUCUAAUCAUCUAUCGUUUCCAACAGGAAUUCCUUCAGCCGAUGAUAAUGCCAUCUAUUGUCCUCUUCCGCGUCAGCGCGGUUUCAAACUUGCCGCGUUAC